CCGUUUUUGUCCAACCUCUGCUGCUGAACCAUGUCCCUCUUGUCUUUGUUUGCUUCUCAGUCUAGUUGUAGAACCAAAGCCUCGGGUCGCUCUAUCGAGCGAGUGCCUCAAUGGAUAACAAUACUUCAAUUGGUAUCCAAGCAGUACUGCUUAUUUUAGCACUAGUGGUACUGGUCCUACGAUGCUGGGCGAAUUAUCUAAUGAAGCAGGCUUUAUUCAGCGUGCCUGAUAUUCUCGCAUGGCUGGGUUGGGUUUUUAGCUUAGGAUGGUUUAUCUGCUCGACUCUUGCGCUUCGAAUUCUUAUCGAUAAUCCUGCAGUUGGCUCUGAACUUAUAGUUAACUCAGUAGAAUACUUAAAGAUAGUAUUAGUAGCGGAGUACUUUUUCGACACUGGGAUUUACUUCCCCAAGAUAUCUAUCGUCUUGUUUUAUUGGAAGCUAAUUCCUGGGAUUUUGGGAUCAUUGAGACGCGUAUUGCUUGCAAUCUCGAUUUAUCUUGGUUGCGCUUUGCUUACAUCAGUGCUUGUAAACACUCUUAUUUGCGUACCGUUUUCUGAUAAUUGGUCUAUCGAAAACCAGCUAAAGUCAGCAUGGAACUCAUAUGCUUCUUUUUGUGUUCAAUGGGGUCUCAACUUCUCAACGGAUCUACUUAUCUUUUUCUACCCCUUCUUUCUGCUUAAACACUUAAAGCUUCACAGAAAACAACAGAUCGCCCUUAUUGGGAUCUUUUCUUUAGGUGCUAUCACGUUGAUAGUUAGCCUGUCCCGGUUUAUUGCAUAUAAUGCGACUGAUUUUGAGCUUGACGACCAGUCUGGCAAUACCUUAUCUCUCGCCGAGAUGAGCACUGCUGUUAUCGUUGUGUGCCUCCCUGGCCUUCGAAGAUUUAUUAUGCGAUCUAAAACAUCUACAAAUCGCUCCUCGUCGAACCAGCCCAGCGGCUACGGUGUCCACACAAAGAUCACCGGGAGAGGCCAGAAUACCGACACAUCUAAAGGACAAAUCCCGCCAUCGCAGUACGCUAAAUGGGGCGUAAGAGAUGAUGAGAUCGAGUUGGUAACUCACAUUCGCGUUUCCCACGAACUGGUCAAUCCAGAUGAUACUCGCAGCGCGAGCGGACAAAGCGCAAUCAGUCAGAAUUUUAAAGUAUAGUAUCACGAAUAUCUGACUCUAGCGUUGGAGGAAAUGCAACGUGUAUGACAAGCGAAGGGGCCAAAGAACCCCUCAUUCCCCGGUCUUGAGUGCUUAAUUAAAUUCUUAACUACCAUGCCGAUGUCAGCGCCCAACCAGACUCGGAUCCUACUAUGCUAGGCCAAUAUAACACAAGCACCCCAAGCCUGGUGUAAACAGAUUGAUUACGAAGAGAAGAAAGUGGCCACGAAGCUUCUAAAUAAUCAUAAGAGAAGGAGGAGGGUGACGAUGAUGAUGAUGACGACAAGGACAUCACCAACCUGUCUCUUGCCGAGCCUCACAAAGAGCAGAAGAAGUCAGAAGAGAUUCAUAAUAUGGAAAUAAAUAGGUUUGCCGAUAAACAGGAGAACUACACAGAUUAUGAAGACAGGGAGGGCGACAUCCCUGGACUGGACAAAAUCGGUAUCCGAGAACGUCCCUUGAAGAGAUUUCAAGAAAGCAGCAGCUUAUCCCCUCUUGCAAAUACAAUCAGCCGGCUAGAUAAAGAGACUCUAGGGCUAAACAGCAAAGACCUGGACUCGACUGUCAAACAAAUAGAUAGUUGACUAAUCCAAUUAUUAAUUGCAUCAUCGAGAAGGUAAUCAUGGUUCAC